CAUACGUUUACGACGUCUCAUAUUUGACGUUCAUCGAAGCUUCCCUUUGACGUGCCUUCUAGCGCUUAUCCCCAACGACUCAUUGCGUUCUGCUGUAGACGCUACUCAUAUACUCCCAUAGUCACCCACCGAAAAAUUUCGCUCAACAUGUCCGAAUACACAACCUCGCCAGGGGCCAUUCGUCUUUUCACGCACUCACAAGACCGCACGCAGCACUGGGUCCACUCGCAUGACCCCUAUAACAAUCAGUUCAUCUCUCCCUCCAUUCCACCAUCCGCUACCCCUUAUGAGGACUACGGCGAACACGACGACUCUGACGGCGAUUCAACCCACUCACUUCCUCCCAAGAUGGUGCUCAAGUAUGGUCAUGGCCGACCAGAUAUUCCCAUAUCUCAUUGGCAUUAUGACCCCGGCCACCACCGCGAUGAACAAGCUAGCCGAGAUCGGACGCGCUCUAUUGGGGGCACGUCGCACAGGCAUACCUCAAGUCAUGGCACGCGCAGCGUAAACCCCUCUCCUCUCGAAGGCCCAGAAGACAUCCAGAUAUUUCCUUCAGACCCAAACGUCUUACCCUUCUCAGACCGUCGGCGACGCGUCUCCGAGCCCCCUGCCGCUCGCGAGCCACCACCUCACUCUCAUCACGGACACGCACAGUCCGUCGCGUACUCUCAGUCUGCCCCCCUUCCUGCGCAGUACGCGCACCACCCGCCCCACCACCAUGGCCGUCCGAUCACACGUGGACAGCCACCGGCCAUGUACUCCACACGCCGCCACGGAGACCACCACAAGGCCCCCACGAUGGUGUACGCGCCCCACGGAGCCCCAGGGAUGACAUAUACUGUCAGCGACCCCACGGGCCCCCAGGUGCCAGGGUAUCCUCGCGUGAAGACAGGCACAGGCUCGCGUGGCCUUGGCUCUGUGCAUGAGCACGAGCACGAGCAGCGUUCGAGAAGGCACAGGACACGCUCGCCACACGGGCCAAGGUCGCGCACCCCCGCUCCGAGUGAGGGCGGGCACAGCGCAGCGAGCGGUAGUACUUAUUACGUCAUCCCGACGCCCGGUCAGAAAGUCAAAGUUGUGAACACCGGAACCCCAUCUCUUCACACCGCUUCUUCGAGCACGAAGAGCGGCGGGUCGUCCCCGCAAUCUCGCACCAGCCAAAAGCGCCCCUUCUUCAGCCGUCUUUUCAGUUUCGCAACCUCAAAGAACAAUAGUUCUCAGGGCCAGCGACUGCAGCGGCGGUAUUCUCUCGACGGCGCACGAGGGAGGACUCACUGAGACCCUUACCUCCCCUUUCUCUCCUCACUCCUUUCGAUUUUCGCACUAUGUUUUCUGUUCCGGGUUUUAGGUUGCCGUCCCCUCUAUAUGCGGUCUUCUUCGGUUACUCUGGGAACUUUACUAUGCGUCUUCAACCCUAUGCCCGUUAGACUCGCCCACGACACAUGCCUCGUUGGCCCUCCUAUGCAUCAAUCUUUGCUCUUUGCCUUAUUAUCUCUACUCGCUCAACUUGGAUCUUGGACUUGGGAUAGAAGUUACCCUACCUUUCUUGCAACGAUACGCGCCUUGUAGCAAUAAUCCCUCUCUACCCGCUGGCCUGCUUCUUUCUAGUUUAGCAACAAUCACCCGGAGGCGCAAAAGUAACUUUCAUAUACGCGUUUGUCAGUUGUUUUACCUUACUCUACUUUUCUGUCUUGAUGCCACAUACAUGCAAUCUUGCAAUACAUCUCCCGCUCCGUUCUUGCUCUUGCUCUUGCUCUCAACUACUCCUUCUCUUCCCCCUGACAUCAUUUUCACAGACUUUUGGGGGGCGCAACGGUACAGCGUAGAAGAUUACCACGGAUGUACGGAUGCUCUUGACGUCGCUACUUUCAUGUGUAGCUACAUAGCUCCGAAAUGAAACCCGUCUUUAAA